CGGGGUUAGGAGGAGGAGGAGGAGGCGGUCUUGGGCGGGAGGAAAGGGGGAGCUCGCGCUGUCACGCGCCGGGGUUUCUAUCGAGAGGCGGGGCUGUGGAGCGGCAGAGAGUCCUGGAGUUGCUGCAUCUCUGCGGGCUUCAGCGGUUAACCCUUAAAGGCUCCCGGGUGCCUGGUCCUUUUCGUUUUGAAAGGAAACGACGACUUGGUUUUAUAAAUUGUGGAGCUCUCUGGAUUUUGCACGAAAGGAGAUUUUGGAAAUAACAGAGCCGCGUCUUCGAUUCACAAGGGAUUGUCCGAUCUACAUACCUCUCUCUCUCUGCACGAAUGUAUCGGAGUUAUCUCGGGCUGCCCAUGCUGAGAGAGAGCCCCCGUCCCUCCCCCUCCAGGAAGGGAAAUGGACUCGGCAGAGUUACUUAAAUUAAUACACAGACAUAAAGCCGCCGUUUACUCAGCCAUGCUUUUAGAUAAGGGAGUAAUUUUCGGUAAAAAAUAAAAAUAAAAAAAUCCAAAGCGGGUUUCUGAUACUUUUGUGUGAAUUGUGUUUGAUUCAUCUAAUGAUAAAACUUCAUUAGGUUAAAAUGAUCAUCUGUUUCUGGAACAACACGGAGAUGCGGAAAGAAAGGCUGGGGGAAGUGGAGUAAGGUGUCACUUUGUUCCACACAAGUGCAUGGAAGACAAAAUGAAUGCAGAGAAAAAGCAUUAGGAGGAAUAGAAAAAUGAAGCAAUAACAUUUUGUGAGAGGCCAUUGUCAUGGCAGCAAUAUCUGAACCUUACAGUCAUGUGUUGGCAGAGUUUGAAUGUCUUAGUCCCCUGCUUUCUGCUCUCAGGCUGGAUUCCAGUCGUCUGAAGUGUACAUGUAUAGGAAUUUCUCGAAAAUGGUUAGCACUAGGCAGUUCAGGUGGAGGCUUAAAUCUCAUCCAGAAAGAUUGUUGGAAACAGAGGCUUUUCCUCACUCAUAAGGAAGGUGCCAUUUCCUGUGUUGCCUUUUGUUUAUAUGAUGAGGAUUAUGUUGCUGUGGCUACCAGUCAAGGCCUUGUUGUUGUAUGGGAAUUAAAUCAAGAGCGUCGUGGGAAGCCAGAGAGGAUUUAUAUCUCUUCUGAGCACAAAGGCAGAAAAGUAACAGCUCUUUGUUGGGAUACUAAUGCACUCCGUGUUUUUGCUGGUGAUCAUGUAGGGAAAGUGUCUGUGAUCAAGAUUAAUUCCUCCAAACAAGGAAAGGCUGCUACUGCAUUUGUGAUGUUUCCCAUUCAUAUUAUAACUACGGUUGAUUCUCGUGUGGUUCAGCUUGAUUAUCUAGAUGGCAGAUUGCUUAUCUCUUCUCUUACACGCUCUUACUUAUGUGACACGGAGAGGGAAAAGUUUUGGAAGAUUGGAAAUAAGGAAAGAGAUGGUGAAUAUGGAGCUUGUUUUUUUCCUGUUGGAAAGAGUGGGGCAAAUCAACAGUCAUUGAUAUAUUGUGCACGGCCUGGUUCACGGAUAUGGGAAGUGAACUUUGAAGGGGAAGUGCUGAGUACACAUCAGUUCAAACAGUUGUUGUCAUCUCCACCUCUUCCUGUAAUUACUAUCAGGGAGGAUCCAGAGUAUAACGCUUCUGCGUGUUCUCCUCAGUCCUUGGCAUUCCCCAAGCUGCUUUAUUUAAGUGAGCACUGUAUAAUGACGUGGACAGAAAGAGGCAUUUAUAUUUUCAUUCCUCAGAAUGUCCAAGUUCUCCUCUGGAGUGAAGUGAAAGACAUCUAUGAUAUUGCAAUAUAUAAAAAUGAACUCUUCUGCUUACAUACCAAUGGAAAAGUCUCCCAUCUCUCUCUUCUGACAAUUGAAAAAUGUGUGGAACGAUUGCUUAGAAGAAGUUUUUGGACUCUUGCAGCCAAAAUGUGCUGUCUUUUCCAGAAUUCUAUUGUUUUGUGUCGGGCAAGAAAGCUUCUUCCUGUAGAUAAGCUGGAACAUCUGAAGUCACAGUUGGAUCUGUCAACAGAAACUGAUCUCAUUACUCAACUUGAAGAACUGAUCUCAAAACUUGAGCCUUUAGAUUCUGCAUGCAGCAGCAGAAGAAGCAGUAUUUCUUCACAUGAGAGUUUCAACAUAUUAGAUUCUGGAAUUUAUCGUGUUAUUAGUAGAAGAAACAGUCAGUCUGAUGAAGAUUCUUGUUCCUUACAUAGCCAAACCUUAUCAGAAGAUGAAAGGCUGAAAGAAUUUCACAUACAACAAGAAGAAGAACAGCUUGAACAAGACAGCAUAUCUCAUGCUUCUCUGGUGGUGGACAAUGUUCGGAAUGAGACUUUUCUUCCAUUCAGUAUUCCAUUGUCAUUCCGUUCCCCAUCUCCUCUCGUCUCCCUUCAAGCUGUUAAGGACAGUGUUUCUAGUUUUGUACGGAAAACCACAGAAAAGAUUGAGAAAAUUGGUACUCUUCAUCUGAAUCCUGAUAGAAUCAGACAAGAUAUUAAAGAUGAAGAGCCACUCUCAGAAGUGCCUGCCAGAUUAGAAGCUCAGCCUCUGGAAAAAGAAGUUGAGCUACAGAGCCAGUCUCCAGAAGAGGAUUACCUUAAAGACCUCAAAGCAGUAACUACAGAAACUCUGUCCAGACUCCAGGAUCCACUUGUUUUGUUACAACCACAAAAUAUGAGGGCAAUUUUGCUGGAUUGGAUUCCAUUUCUUGAAGAAACCUGUGGAUUAAAAGCAGUUGUUAUUUUAAAUAACGAGACAACCGAGGGAGAUAAAGAAAUGCCUUUUCAAUCUGAAGACAGAACUUUUCAAGAAAAUGUGCUAAAGGAUCAACACAAUGAGCCCGAAGAUAAGGAAGUGAAUACAGUAUUGGGAAUAAAUGGUGAAAGUGAAAAUCCAAAUACAGUACAGGAUGAAACUUGGGAAGAAAAUACUAAUUCAGUCACAAAAUAUCAGGAUGAUAAUGUACUACAUGAACAGCCUUUGAGGACAGAGACCAUUUUCAACCAGCCUUACCAGAUUAAUCCCCCAUUUUUUAUAACACAGAACGUUAAAAAAGACCUGACAGAGCUGACAACUUUAUGUUUUGAAUUAAAUGUAUAUAAAAGUUCACAAGUAAAUAAUGAGCCAGGUGUGUUACCCGAUGGUUCAUGUGCCCUGGCUUCUAAAUUCAUUAGAGACUAUUUUUUCCUCCUUGAUUUAGAAAGGUUGAAGAGGUGUAUUAUUACCUGUCAUAACAAUCAUCCUGAAGUCUGGGAUGUCUAUAUGGAAGGUCUGAAAGAACUGACUUUGACUAGCCCUGUGACAGUGGCCCUUGAAAACGGAGAUAUGUUUAAAACACUGAAGUUGCUAGUUGAUUUAGGGCCUUGGGAUGCUCCUGUUUUGCUGGCACAUGCUGAAAGGCUUUAUAAAAAAUUCAGAGAAACUUCUCUAAGGCCUUUGACCCGGUUCUACCCUUUGAUUGGACCUUCAGAUAUCCAGCAAAUUUGUAAAAAUAAUCCUGAACAUUUCCUAGCAUAUUUAGACAGCCUUAUAAAAUCAAAGGAUGAGGAUGAACGCUUGUCUUUCCUUAGAGCUCUUCUCCAUCCUGAUUCAUUACAAUUGGAGUGGCUGUGUUUGGCAAUGUCUCAUGAUGCCCCGCAUAAAACAAGCACAAUGGAUGCUCAAGGAAAUCCAUGGCCACAUUCGCAUUUGUUUACUUGGGGGUAUAAUCAACUGAUUGUACUUUUGCUUAAUCUUCCGACUGAUGUUGUAAGGAAGGAGAAAAUGACUGAUAUAUGUCAAAGCAAUGGCUUCUGGCCUGGAUAUCUUUCUCUCUGCUUGGAGUUGGAUAGAAGAUCAGAAGUAUUUACAAAAAUUGUUCAUUUGGAUGACAUGGAGUUAUUGAAUAUCAAAGACGGAACCAUUCCGAAGACAACAGAAGAAUGGAAGUUCCUCCUUUGCCUCGUGAAGAGUCAUCACAACAUCCAUGUCUCACAAAGGGACACAGCUGUUCCUAAUGGUACUCCUGAAUGGUCAAAUUCUGUUACUGUUGAAAAUAUUGCACUCCUUGCAGCCAGAAUAAUUGGUCCAGAUCGCUCUUUGCAGAUGUUACAGGAAUGUGAUUUGGUAGCUGAAUUAUCAGAAAGAUUUGCCAAGAUUUGUGAGAUACUAAGAAUUGCUGAAAAACGGCAAAGAGCCCUGAUCCAGUCCAUGCUAGAAAGAUGUGACCGAUUUCUGUGGUCUCAACAAGCAUAAAAGCACCCUGGAUUGUAAAGUUUGAUAAGAAUUCAUUUUUCUUACGUUGCAUCAUUUUAAAGAAAAAGCUUCCUGUAUAGAAAAGGUGCAGUAAUGAAUGUAAUAAAGCUUUGAUUUUUUAUUAGAUAUCUCUUCAGUAUUAGAGACUAUAUUUCAAAUUAUUUAUAAGUGUUGUCUUGCAUGACAUUACCAAAAAGACAGAAAAUCCAUUUAUAUGCAAAAUAUUUUUUCAACUAAUGGGAACAGGCAUGAAGAUGAAAUUCUUUAUUAUUAUUAUGUACUAUAUAUGUACUAAGUCCGUGAUGGUGAACCUGGGGCAUGCGUACCCGAAGUGGCACACAGAGCCAUGUUGCCCGACAUGCAGUGUCGCCUGUUCCUCUUCCGAGUUUCUGGUAUGCAUGCGCAUACGAAGAUCAGCUGGCCUUUGUGUGUGCUCAUCAUCACGUGCACAUGGGCGGCAGUAACCGGAAGACUUGGUGGCCGGUAUGCAUACAGGCCCCGGAAACCGGAAACCUUAUCCGGUGUGUGCAUGCCCCCUGGGCAGUUCCUCUUCCUGGUUGCGGGCCUGACAAGCACGCACAAAGUGCUCCCUUUUCGGCACUUGGUGCUGCGCGCACAUUCCCUUUUCACCAUCACUAUUUAACACUAAGUGUUAAAUUUGGUUAUACUAAAAUAAUGAAAUAUUUAACAACUUUUCUGUCAAAAGUUUUGGAUUUUUUAAUAACAGCUUGCAAAUGAAUAUAAUUACAACUACUUUAUCAUUAAAAAAACUAUGAUGUACUUUCUGAAUUAAACUGAAACCUUCAGCAUGGUGCAUUGUUCAGUUAAGCAUUAUAUGAUUGUAUCUAACAUUCUACAUAUGUAACAAUAUUGCAAAACUUUACUAGUUAUAUUAAAAAAUGAAAAGUAAUUAAUAAAAUUAAGCAGCAAUACUAAUAUACAAUUCCAAACAGACAUUCAUGUAACUUACAUGUAUUUAAAACUUGCCUAUUUUAGCAUUUUGAGUUGGUACAAUUCACUGUCUAAUAGAAUGAGUAAAAAAAAUACCCACAUUUUUCUAAAAACAUGUCUGAGAGGAGAGGUAGGAAGGAGAAUUGUCUUACUUGGAUUUUCAAAAAAUUGAAGGCAUUGCUGGUAGAUAAAUGAAACUUUCUUACCUUGCAUCUGAUUGCGUUUUUCAUGUAUGCACUUACAAUGGUUUGAAUAAGCAUCUAAAUUAUGCUUAUGUAUGAUCCAUGACAUGGACCAUAUACUACUGUAUGAUUUUUUUUUGUCACUAAGGUAAUGAUUUUUGGUAGCUGGGGAAGGGAAAGAUUAAUCAUAAAUUUAUUAUGAUUAGUCUUGCAUUUUAUUAAAUCGAAUUAGAAUUGCACCAUCUUUAUUGUCUAGUUUACAGUAUUUCAAGGGCAGACAUUUCAUGCUGUUAAUGUGUUUCAGGGUAGAAAGCGUGCAAUGUCUUUUUCUCUCUUAGGUUGAAUAAAGCAAAAGAAAGCAAAAGAGCGCUAAAUAAAAAAGACCUGAUAACUAUAAGCCACAAUCCAAAGAUAAAAAUCCCAUUCCCACAUGCAGAGGCUGAUCUGUUUCAUCUUCAUAGACACAUAGCAGCUUAUUGUUUUAUUUUGGGAAGGUUUUCGAUGGAACCAGGGGGGUAGGCUAGAGCCACACUGUUUAACCCUUGAAAUCUGGGCUCACCCUGUUGUAUAAAUGAGUACUACCUCAAGUUUGUUUUAAGACUGAUUCAGAUGCACAGAGAGUUCAUGAAAUAGUACUUAUAUUUUGCACUGCAUUCUAUUUUCAAAAUUAUUUUUAGUGUAUGUCUUAUUUGUCUUCAAUUUUUACAAGAAACAAUUAACAAGCACUCAGUAUUACUUUGUAAGCAUUUUGAUAUUAACAGAAAUCUGGAAUCAUGUUCAGUUUUUUACCUAAGCUGAUGUUUAAUAAAGUUAAUAUAAUUUC